GAGCGCGUGAUGAAUGAAAAUUCAGAGUGUCGCCACAGAAGACCCCACCUGGCCAUUUUACCCUCAAGAUCCAAGAAGACGUAAAAAUCAAUCAAAAGAACAACCACAUGCAUCAAACCACCACCACCUACCGCCGCCGUCUACUGCCCUUUUCACGCAAACACCCAACCACCACCAUCAUAUCCUACCCACUAAUCCGCGAUAAUGGAAACACAAGGUCCUUCUACUCCUACUUCAACCAAAUCGCCGCAGCAGCAGCUGUCCCCGCCACCAUCGGUCCUCGAUAGGCCACCGGGGGAUUCUGAGAUGGAGGCGCAACAUCAUUUGUCGGAAGACUCUUCAUCUGUUUGGGACCUGGACUGCCUUUUGGAUUUUAGCUUGGACGAGAAUUUAGCUCUCUCCUUUGACGAUUAUCCCCCUCAUUCAGAUGUUCUUCAAAAUCCGGCGCUUCCUCCUCAAGAGAUUCCCAGUUCCGAGAAGGUUCGGAAGCGAGACCCCAGGCUGACUUGUUCCAAUUACCUGGCCGGUCGGGUCCCAUGUGCAUGCCCGGAGGUCGAUGCUAAGCUCGAGGAAGAAGGUUUGCCUGGUAAGAAGCGCGCUCGCACCGUCCGGGCAUCGGCUGGAAUUGCACGGUGCCAGGUACCUGGGUGCGAGGCAGAUAUUAGUGAGCUCAAAGGGUAUCAUCGAAGGCACAGGGUUUGCCUGCGUUGCGCGAACGCUAGUACAGUUAUACUUGAUGGGGACGCUAAGAGAUACUGCCAGCAGUGUGGAAAGUUUCACAUCUUACCAGAUUUUGAUGAAGGUAAACGAAGCUGUCGAAGAAAAUUAGAGCGCCACAACAACCGAAGGCGUAGAAAGCCUACAGAAACCAGAGCUGCAGAAGAUCAAGAAGUUCAACCUGUUAAACAGGCUGAGGUUGAUGCGGGAAAAGAUAGUUCCCAUAUAAGCAGUGAGAUAAACGAAAUAGAAACUGCUCUGGAGCAUGAAGAUGGACAAUUUACUACGCCAUGUUCAGCUCCUGAUACCCUGAACACUAAAAAUGAUAAUUUUGUGUCCUAUGUUGCUUACGGUGAUACACAAGUGAAUGGUAGAAAAGAGAAUUCUGAUAUUUCUUAUUCACCAUCAUAUUGUGACAAGAGUGCUUACUCAUCCAUGUGCCCAACAGGUCGGGUAUCUUUUAAGCUUUAUGAUUGGAAUCCUGCGGAGUUUCCCAGAAGGCUACGACAUCAAAUAUUCCAAUGGUUGGCCAGUAUGCCUGUUGAGCUGGAGGGUUAUAUCCGCCCUGGGUGUACAAUCCUGACAGUUUUUGUUGCUAUGCCUAGAUUUAUGUGGACAAAUUUACUUGAAGACCCUCUAUAUUAUGUUCAAGACCUAGUAGCUCCAAGAAAGAUGCUAUCUGGAAGAGGCACUGCACUUGUUCAUCUAAAUGACAUGAUCUUCCGCAUUUUGAAAGAUGAAACUUCUGUGAUGGAAGUUCAGAUAAAGGUGCACGCACCAAGGCUUCACUAUGUUCAUCCUACAUACUUUGAGGCUGGAAAACCUAUGGAAUUUGUUGCUUGUGGAAGUAACUUGAAGCAGCCUAAGUUUCGGCUUCUUGUAUCUUUUUCAGGAAAGUAUUUAAAGUACGAAUAUUGUGUUGCAUCUCCUCAUAACUGGGCAGGAGAUGGCAUUUCUUGUGCUUUUGACAGUCAGUUGUACAAGAUUUACGUCCCUCAUACAGAACCAAACAUAUUUGGACCUGCAUUUAUUGAGGUGGAGAAUGAGUCUGGUUUAUCAAACUUCAUUCCUGUACUCAUUGGGGACGCAGAAAUCUGCUCUGAAUUUGAGACAUUGCAGCAAAAACCAGACGUAUCUCUUCUUUCAAAACAAAUGCAGGCUGCAUCUGGCGGUUCUAUUUGCAGCUUCUGUGAAGCUUUUGCACUGAGACAUACAGCAUACUCAGACUUGCUGUUAGAUAUAGCAUGGCUGCUUAAGGAUCCUACUUCAGAAGAUUUUCAUAGAGCUAUGACAUCUUCACAAAUUCAAAGAUUUUGUUAUUUGAUAGACUUUCUGAUGUGCAAUGACUUAGUUGUCAUUUUGGGGAAAAUAUUAGGGAAUUUGAAUAUUUUGACAGACAAUAUGGAAACCAACAAUGUGAUUAACAGAAUGAGUGAGGUUGACUUGACAUUACUACUGAAACAUACCUGUCAAGCUAGAGAAUUCCUUCAUCAGAAACAUCGGAGAGGUGGAGAUUUUGUCGUGUACUCUGUUUUUUCUGAAAUGCAUGGACAUAAAGUUGCUCCAAGCUGCUAUCAAGAUAACAUUCCGUCAGUUGUUAAAAUCAGCAAUCAGGGUGGCGGGUCAAGAGCAGAUGCGAAGUUGAAAGUACUGAGAAGUCCAGCAGGUGACUACGACAGAAGUGGAAGGAUACCACUUUUGGGGGGUGAUAUCAUAAUGAACAUGGAAGAGUCGCCUCAAAGAUCUGGUUAUCGACAUCUUGUGAGGGGAUUCUUGAGCUCGCGGCCGGCCAUUCUCAUGAUUGCUUCAGUUGCUGUGUGUCUUGGGCUUUGCGCAGCCCUCCUUCAUCCUGGGAGGGUUGGUGAGUUUGCAGUAUCCAUUAGAAGGUGCUUGUUCAGCAAUUCGUAGAUAUAUCACAUUUUGGGGGUGAUUUCUGGGUUGGUACAUAUUUGUUGUACACUGAACAAAACAUGCGUAAGGUAUAGAGUUGUUAUUAUUAGCGAGUUAAUUAGAAAUUGCAAGCUUUAUUAAUGGGUUC